AUGUCCAGCUCUUCCACUAGUCUCACCGUCCUCAUCACAUCCGCAACCGGCACCCAAGGCACCGCCCUGGUGUCUGCCCUCACAUCUCUCUCCUUGCCUAUCUCGAUCCGCGCCCUAGUCCGCGACCCCUCCUCCCCGAAAUCUCUCGCCCUUCUCGGCCUUUCAAACGCACACACCUCAAUCAUCCUCACACAAGGCGACUUUUCCUCCCCCGCAAGCCUGUCCCGUGCCCUCGUGCCGGAUGAAGAUGGAAGGGUCGUGGACGCCGUGUUCUUGAACACAAAUCCGACAUUUGGCGACCCGGAAGAGGAGGUGAGGCAUGCGAGGAGUGUGUUGGAGGCGGCGAGGGAGAAAGGGGUGAGGCAUGUGGUGUAUACCUCUGUGGUUGGGGUUGCGGAUGCUGAAGUGCGGGAAAGGAUUGGCGGAAUGCCGGGAUGGGUUAACGCUGAGGCAAUGUCAUUACUGGGCGCUGCGGAUGGGCCUGGGAUUGAGGCGGUGAAGAGGCGUUCGAAGUUACUGACUGUGGGGGAGAACAAAGUGGAAGGCGGGAUAACGAGGGAGCUAUUGAGGGGAUAUUUUGGCGCGAAGAUGGGGAUUGAGGGGUUGGUCAAGACAUGGGGAGGUACUGGAACGGGAGAGGGCGAAAAGAAGACGUGGACCAUCCUUCGUCCGGCGUGGUUUAUGACUAAUUUUCUGCCACCGGCAAAUGCGAGUUACUGGCCUGAACUCUCUCCCUCCAAUCCUGUCCUCCGCAGCGCCAUCUCGCCAAACAUGCGGAUGAUGCUGGUUGAUCCGCAAGAUAUCGGGGCUGUGGCCGCACGGGCACUGCUAUCACCCUUCGUACAGGACCUUACUCCUUCAUUGGUGAAGAAGACGAUCAACAUAGGAAGUCAGGCACUCACACUUACGGAAGCCACACGUAUCUUCUCCAAAUCAGCGGGCGUCCAAGUCAAAGUGGAGUUUGUGGACGAGGCAGAAGCAGCAAGAGAAAUACGAGAAGGCAAUAUCCAGCGAGAUGCACAAGCUUGGUUCAAGACACUGCAGGAAUGCUUCGAGCCGGGAGAGCUGUUUGAAAUCAUUAAGCGGGAGCCGAAGACUUUUGGGGAGUUUUUAGAGGGGAGGAAGGAGGAGCUGCAACGAUUCUUUGAACAGUGA